AUGCGUGAAAUUGUUCACUUGCAGACUGGCCAAUGUGGCAACCAAAUUGGAGCUGCCUUCUGGCAAGUCAUCUCUGGCGAACAUGGCCUCGAUGGUUCUGGCGUCUACAAUGGCACUUCGGACCUCCAACUCGAGCGUCUGAAUGUCUACUUCAAUGAGGCUUCCGGAAACAAAUAUGUUCCCCGUGCGGUCCUUGUCGAUCUCGAGCCUGGCACCAUGGAUGCUGUCCGAGCUGGUCCUUUCGGUCAACUCUUCCGUCCCGACAACUUCGUCUUCGGCCAGAGUGGUGCCGGAAACAACUGGGCCAAAGGUCAUUACACUGAAGGCGCUGAACUUGUCGAUCAAGUUCUCGAUGUCGUUCGACGAGAGGCCGAGAGCUGCGAUUGCCUUCAAGGCUUCCAGAUCACCCACUCCCUUGGUGGUGGCACCGGCGCUGGCAUGGGUACCUUGUUGAUCUCCAAGAUCCGUGAAGAGUUCCCUGACCGCAUGAUGGCAACCUUUUCCGUCGUUCCAUCUCCUAAAGUCUCCGAUACCGUUGUUGAGCCAUACAACGCGACGCUCUCUGUCCACCAAUUAGUGGAAAACUCUGAUGAGACCUUCUGCAUCGACAAUGAGGCUCUCUAUGACAUUUGCAUACGUACCCUCAAGCUGUCCAACCCAUCCUACGGGGACUUGAACUACCUUGUCUCGGCAGUCAUGUCGGGUGUCACCACUUGCUUGCGCUUCCCCGGUCAACUCAACUCUGAUCUUCGAAAACUCGCCGUCAACAUGGUCCCAUUCCCUCGGCUGCACUUCUUCAUGGUCGGAUUCGCUCCACUUACCAGCCGUGGUGCUUAUUCUUUCCGUGCCGUGACGGUCCCAGAACUGACCCAACAGAUGUUCGAUCCCAAGAACAUGAUGGCUGCUUCCGAUUUCCGAAAUGGUCGUUACUUGACUUGCUCUGCAAUCUUCCGUGGCAAGGUCAGCAUGAAAGAAGUCGAGGAUCAGAUGCGCAAUGUCCAGAGCAAAAACAACAGCUACUUCGUUGAAUGGAUUCCCAACAAUGUUCAAACUGCUCUUUGCUCGAUCCCGCCACGUGGUUUGAAGAUGUCAUCUACCUUUGUCGGCAACUCUACCUCCAUUCAAGAACUCUUCAAGCGUGUUGGUGAUCAAUUCACUGCCAUGUUCCGACGAAAGGCUUUCUUGCAUUGGUACACUGGCGAAGGUAUGGAUGAGAUGGAAUUCACCGAGGCCGAGUCCAAUAUGAACGAUCUCGUCUCUGAAUAUCAACAAUACCAAGAUGCCAGCAUCUCUGAAGGCGAGGAAGAGUAUGGUGAGGAGGAAGCCCCAUUGGAGGAAGAAGUGUAA